AUGAUCCGUGGUCGCUACAUCCAUCGUCUCAUUGGCCAGUCACCACUUCACAUCGUCCGCUACACGCUGUCCAUUGAGCAGCAAUUCGCAAGGCUUCAGUCUACACUCACCUCUUCUGCCAAGAUGCCUCGCCAACUCAAAUCCGAGCAGCUGCUGACACCCGUGCCGUCGGACAUUACCAUUAGUGAUGCUAUGACCCCAUUGCUUAUCACCGAAAUUGCCCAGACCGCUGGAAUUCUCCCGGAGGAGGUGAUACCGUACGGAUCGACCAAGGCCAAGAUCUCGUUGAGCAUGCGAGAUCGGCUCAAGGACCAACCAAAUGGCAAUUACGUUGUGGUCACGGGUAUCACCCCCACCCCAUUAGGUGAGGGCAAGAGUACAACCACUAUUGGAUUGUGCCAAGCAUUGGGCGCCCACCUCGACAAAAAAGCGUUUGCUUGCAUCCGUCAGCCAUCGCAGGGUCCAACGUUCGGUGUCAAAGGUGGUGCUGCAGGUGGAGGCUAUGCUCAGGUCAUCCCUAUGGACGAGUUCAAUCUUCACUUGACAGGAGACAUCCACGCUAUCACUGCUGCAAACAAUCUAUUGGCUGCAGCUAUUGAUACUCGCAUGUUUCACGAGAAUGCACAGUCUGACAAGGCUUUGUUUCGUCGUUUGUGUCCGACGGCCAAGGAUGGACUCCGCAAGUUCUCGCCUGUCAUGCUGAAGCGUCUGCAAAAACUAGGAAUCACCAAGCUGUCGCCUGAUGACCUCACGGACGAAGAGAUCCGCAAGUUUGCGCGUCUUGACAUUGACCCAGACACGAUUACGUGGCAGCGCGUACUGGACACAUGUGAUCGUUCCCUGCGCCAGGUAGUCGUGGGCGCUGGGCCUGCCGAGAAGGGUCAAACCCGUAAGACUGGCUUUGACAUUACGGUAGCUAGCGAGAUUAUGGCUAUUUUGGCCCUCACGACAAGCUUGCAGGACAUGCGUGAACGCCUGGGACGUAUUGUAAUUGGUAUGAGUCGCGGUGGCGAGCCUGUGACGGCUGACGACCUGGGUGUUGGUGGUGCGCUAGCAGUGCUCAUGAAGGAUGCUAUCCUGCCCACGCUCAUGCAAACAGUAGAAGGGACUCCCGUAUUUGUGCACGCAGGACCGUUUGCCAACAUCGCUCACGGCAAUUCGUCUAUCAUCGCUGACCAAAUUGCACUGAAGCUUGCCGGCGAGGAUGGAUUUGUGGUCACUGAAUGCGGAUUUGGUGCUGACAUUGGCAUGGAAAAGUUUUUCAACAUCAAGUGUCGUACUAGCGGGCUAACACCACAAUGUGUGGUGCUUGUUUCCACGAUCCGUGCGCUCAAGAUGCACGGUGGAGGGCCCAACGUGGUUGCUGGCAAACAGCUCGACCCCGUGUACGUUGAUGAAAACCUAGAGAUGCUGGAGCGUGGUUGCGUCAAUAUGCAGCACCACAUUCGCAACGCGUUGAAGUUUGGUGUGGCGGUAGUUGUGGCUGUGAACGUGUUCGUCACAGAUUCGCCUCGUGAGAUAGAGCUUGUCAAGCACAAGGCACUGGAGGCUGGUGCCACGGCUGCAGUGGAGAGUAACCACUGGUCUGAAGGAGGUAAGGGAGCGAAGAAUUUGGGCCGCGCGGUCAUUACUUCCUGCAAGAAGAUGCGUACACAGGGCAGUCAGUUCAAGUUCCUCUACCCGUUGGAAUUUACCAUUGCUGAGAAGUUUGAAGUCAUUUGCAAGGAGAUUUACGGUGCUGACAGUGUGGAGUUUAGCGAGGAAGCCAAGAUGAAACUAGCGGUCUACUCGGAGCGGGGAUACGGCAACCUGCCAGUAUGCUGCGCUAAGACGCACCUGAGUUUAAGCACCGAUCCGACUGCAAAGGGUGUGCCCAAGGGCUUUUCAGUCACGGUGCGUGAUAUUCGUGCCUCGGUAGGUGCUGGCUUUGUCUACCUGCUGUGCGGGGACAUGACAACGGUGCCUGUCAUUGGUCUCUUCUGA